AUGUGGCAAUUGUUAGGUCGUUGGUCUAUAUCUAGGCUUAACCGGGCGUGGUUUAUAUGGCGCCGAAGUCAAAACCUUUGUACAGGAAAACCGGCGGCGGAAUUCAGACGACACACUCUAGUCAGACCAUUACUGCAUCAUGCGAGAACGAAACGGCAGAUAACGUCUACUAAGGACACGGCGGGUAUUCACCAUCCCGAAUUGACGUUAACCAUAGCUAAAGGAGAGGAAGACUAUGUGCUGGACCUUCGGCUGAAUGACCAAGUAGUCGCAGGCGAUCACGUGGUCAGCUACCAGAAAAAUGGGAAGACUGUACUACAUAAACCUAGCAGAGAGGAACUGAACAUAUGUCAAUAUAGGGGUACGGUAAGGGGCCGAGAAGGGAGCACUGUAGCGAUAUCCACCUGCCACGGGUUUAGCGGAAUCAUAUUCGACGGCAAAAAGUUAAUGUACAUCGAACCGGCUGAAGAUAACAAUCUGGACUCCCAACACUACAUAUACGACCAUUCGGACUUGAAGAGCAACUUCAAAUGCGGCUACGAGGGCGGUGUGACCAGCAAUAAAAGCUAUGACCCGGAUCUAAUGGAGAAAUAUACUUCUGAGCAGAAUAUUAAAAAAAUUAGAGCAUCACGGUACAAGCGAGAGACAUUCGAAGACACCCAAGUCCGUGGACCAUUCAAUGCCAACAAGCUGUCACGAUACGUGGAACUUGUGUUGGUGGCUGAUAAUCGUGAGUUUAAAGUCAACGGAGAAAGUCUGGAGCUGCUACACCAUAGGUUUAAAGACGUUGCCAAUAUUAUUAAUUCGGUAUACGCUCCACUAAAUAUCUUCAUAGCGCUGGUCGGUAUAGUGGUCUGGAGUGAGAGAGACGACAUCACGCUAGAGGAGGAUGGCGAUAAGACGUUGACUGCCUUUUUGCAUUACCGACGGGAUCGCCUUUUGAGGGAUAUACCGAAUGACAACGCCCAUUUGUUGACCCAGCAAAAAUUCAAGGAUGGCGUAGUGGGGAAGGCGUUAAAGGGCCCGAUCUGCACCUACAAUUUCUCUGGGGGUGUGGCCACGAACCACUCUAACGUUAUAGGCCUUGUAGCGACCACCAUUGCCCACGAAAUGGGACAUAACUUUGGCAUGGAGCAUGAUACCGAGGCAGAUUGCAAAUGCCCUGAUGAAAAGUGCAUUAUGAGCCCUUCCAGUACAUCUGUGACUCCGACGCAUUGGUCCUCUUGCAGCCUUAGAUCGUUGGCUUUAUCGUUCGAGAGGGGGAUGGAUUAUUGUUUACGGAACAAGCCAAAAAGUCUCUACGACUCGCCAACAUGCGGCAACGGCUUUCUCGAGCCGGGCGAAGAGUGCGACUGCGGUCUGAUCCCUUUGGCCGCGUGUACGUCCUGCUGCGAUCAUUACACGUGCACGUUGCGACCUAACGCUACGUGCGCGGUUGGAGAGUGUUGUAAUACUGAGACUUGUAGACCGAAAUCAGCUGGUACAGUAUGUCGCAGUGCAGACAAAGAGUGUGACCUACCCGAAUUCUGUACGGGCACUUCGGAGUUCUGCCCUAAAGACGUUUACAAGAUGGAUGCCACACCUUGUUCUGAUAAUCGAGCGUACUGUGUUCGUGGCUCAUGUCGUACUCAUACAGACCAAUGCAAGUUACUUUGGGGUUCCACUGGGGAGAGCUCAGACCAGCGAUGUUACUACUCUAUGAACGUUAAAGGGGAUAAAAACGGAAAUUGUGGAUAUCGGCGCGAAGACACAUCAACAUUCUUCAGAUGUUACCCGCAGAACGCACUGUGCGGUCUACUGCAGUGCAAACAUCUCAAUGAGAGACUGGAGUUCGGCAUGGAGUCUGUCUCAUUGCUGUCUGCGACGUUCAUCAAUAAUAACGGCUCAAUUCUACCCUGUCGCACCGCCAUGAUUGAUCUUGGCCUCAGCGAUGUUGAUCCCGGGAUGGUCCCGGAUGGAGCCAAAUGUGGAGAUAAUAUGAUGUGUCUGAACACCAAGUGCGUCUCAGUAGAGGAUGUAAUAGCGAAUGUGGCAAAGAAGGAAACCGCGGACUGUCCUUCCAAUUGCUCCGGGCAUGGUGUAUGCAAUUCUGAAGGUCACUGUCAUUGCGAGCUCGGCUUUGCUCCACCACUUUGCGCUUUGCCCGGUCCAGGCGGCUCCUACGAUUCCGGACCUGCUACUGAUUCCAGUCUGCAAAGAAACUUCAUGGUGGCGAUGUAUGUCAUCUUCCUCGGAAUCCUGCCGAGUAUACUGGUCAUAUUAUUCCUUAUGUACUACUCGCGACAGAACGUGCUGCACUGGUGGAAGAAACCGAGGAAAACGAUUCCAUCUCCAAAAAAAUCCAGUCUCCAACGUCGCUUAUCUAGAAGCGCCAGCAAAUUCGCAUCAAAUUUCCAAAACAACACUCCUAACAACGCCCAAGCUGUCAGCGUUCAUACUGUUUCAAAUCCAGAUGAUAUGAGCUCAUCCCUGUUACGCAGUGACUCCGAUCACAGCCCCACCGGAAACGUCAACCCCUCCGUUACCUUCUUUGGGAACUUUAAAGGCUUCUCCCUCACACCAAUGGACAAAAACAGUGAGAAUGACACAUCGACCGCCACCGAUCCGAAGAAGAGCGCAAAAAUUACUCCUGUCCAUAGAAGUGGUAGCAACAGUCAAAAUAUUGGCCAAUUAAAACCAGUCCUACGAUCAGCUCCACCGUUACCGAUCGUGCCAACCACUACCAGAACAAGCCCUAAAACUAGUCCGUCGAUAAAGAGAACUAAUAGUUCGGUACAAAAUCGCAUUAAAGCGUUGAUGAAUUCUGAAAAGAAUGACGAAGUUGUUAUAUCAAAUCCUGCUCCGAGGCCGGUUAUUUCCAGUCCCAUACUUGAAGCGUCGACUUGCACCGCUAAAGAACUAAUUUCCCCCCUUCAAGGGUCCAAAACAUUAGGGCCAAUACGUGCAGCUCCAACCGUCCCAACUAUGACUCCAGAUUUACCUAAAAGACCUCUUAGCAUGUAUUCUGCAGGAAAUGUGCCGCAAAAACCAUUACCAGAAGAACCCAAAAAGGUUAAAGAAGGCAUAUCUUUGAAUAGAAUUGCAUCAUUCCUGAAACACGAUAAGCCGAAAGAAAAAGAACGAAAUCAGGUGGAAAGGAGUCAUUCGUUACCAAAAAAUCCGAACCAUCUAGUCAAAGUGCCGAAAGCAGUAGAAAAGGUAGCUUUACGGAAUUUGCAAAUAUCAAACCCGAUUUUACAAAAGGGUAUUGAAUUGCCGAAGGGUUCAGUUCCUGUUGUAUCCGACUCUGACGACGCUGAUGACUCUAAAGCCUUUGUAAAUCGAGCCCAAAGUAUGCGAGCCCCGGCAUCUCAGAAACCAACCCUACAGACAUUUGCAUCGAUGAGGCAAGCACCGGGUGUACCGCGGCCCUUAUCUGGAGUUGGUAGACCUACAGCUCCACCUCCACCUUUGCCUAGUUCGGAAAAAGAAACUUCAAUAUAUCAAAGCCCUAAACCGACCGAAAUUAGAUCAACAGACUAUGUUGACUGUAUAGAAGAAAAGUCAGCUCCUUUAGCCCAUAUUGACGAAGAAUCCAGCGACAAUAUUUACGCUAUUAUCGAAGAGAGCCCAGAAAAACACGCGAAAAGCUUUCCUGCCGUUUCUCAUCCGAUAAAAACGGCUCCGCAGGAACCGCCCGUCGGUUACAAUACACCGAAACCUAUAACUUCUAAUUCUGGAAGCACGGAAAGCAUGGGCUUACUCGGAGAAAUAGUCAACGAAAUACAAAAUCGUAACUUCGACUCCAUCUACUCGACGUCAACCCUUGCGAGAAAAAAAGAGAAAGAGAAGAAAAAUGCACAGAAUAGAGAUAGCACGUACAUGAAUACUGAUUACAAGACGCCAGAGAGCGUCUAUAGCAAUUCUGGUGCCAAGUCAACAACAAGUAGUGGUUACUUACACCCGUCAGCCGUCAACGUACCCACUCGUAUGCAAGAAGACGUCAUAGAAAAACCACCCUCCCCCUCCUUGAAAGUUAAUUCAAAAAUACCUACUUUCUCCAGACAAGUCACCCCACCGGGCCUGAGAUCAACUAGUACGUUUAAAACUGUACCAUCCUCGCCAAAAGCGAUUUCUAAAAAUACUCCCCCAAAAAAUUACCAACAGCCCUGA